GUUGUACAAUAAGACUGGAAGCUAUAAGGCCACAAACAAUUCGUGACCGUUAUUCAGUGACUUACAGAAAAUUGAAUAAAAAUGUUAUUGAAAUCGGGGUCUUGCUACUUUCUCUUUGGUAUAAUUUUCUCGCCUUUCCUACAUUGUUCGAUGUCUACUAAGGAAUACUCAACAUAUCGCCGGUAUCCAUUGUGCCAACCUUAUGACUAUAUAAGAUAUCCAAAGAGUAUUGGUGAUGUGGUUAAAAUCGUGAAAGAAGCAAUCAGUAAAAAGCUAACGGUAAAAGCAUUUGGUGUUCGACAUUCUCAAACGGACAUCAUCUGCACAGAAGGAAUUCCAGUUGAUAUGACUGGACUGCAAUCCAUGAAAAUGAAUGACGAUAAAACAGCAACGUUUGGUGCAGGUUUGAACUUACGGGAAGCAACAACGUUUUUGCGUUUAUAUGAUAGAGGAUUCAGAACUACACCCGCGUAUGGCAAUAUAACGAUCGGUGGAGCGAUUGGAACUGGAGCACAUGGUUCUACAAUAAGGUAUCAUGCUUCUAUUUCUUCUCAAGUAGCUAAAUUGAAAAUUGUCGACGGAAAGGGUGAUAUAAAAGAGAUAACAGAUCCGGAGGAUUUGAAAGCUUUCAAAAUACAUCUGGGUCUUCUGGGAAUUGUAGUCGAAGUAACAAUGAAUACUGUGAAACUAUACAAAACGCUCGCUCACAACUAUGUUGUGUCCGAUGAAAUACUCACAAAUGGUAAUGCAGUGGACAUUGCGAAGAAUACAGACCAAGUAGCGCUUUACUGGUUCCCGGCAUUCAAUGAAGUUGUGGUGUCUAAUUGGACAAUUGUAGAUAAAGCAACUCCAGGAACUGACUAUACGAAUGAUCAUACGCCAUCGGUGUACAGUAAUUUUGCAUUAAUCAGUGCCUUGGCUAAGGAAAUUGCUUUCGGUCUAACGGAAAGUUCAUGCCCUGCGGCCACUACUCUCGGCUACACCGUUCUUCAUGCCAUCGAAUACUUUUUGGAAUUAGCGCUGCUAAUCCCAUUACCUGACUGGGUACCAAUUUAUGCGACUCAGGGAGGGGUUUUUCAGAAUCCAGCUGUUGGUUACUAUGACGAAAUGUUUGCUCCAAUUUGUUAUGACGAGCCGCAAGGCAUACUAGGAAGGGCCUGUGCUUGGUCCCAUGGUGUGAACGGUAUUACAAUUCUCGACAAUGAGUUCGGUCUUGAGCUAUCUCGGCUAGGCGAGUUUAUCGAAGAAGUGAAAGCAAUUAUUAAAGCGACGCCGACUGCAUUCCCAUUACAAGGAAUUUUGAUGAGAUUUUCAGACAAAUCGGAUAUCUACAUGUCUACGGCUUAUGGCAGACAAACUGUGCAUUUUGAAUUCUAUGUGUGGAACAGAAAAGACAUUUACAAUCGACCGUCAGGAAGUCUGGCUGGUUAUCAAACCAUUUUACAAACGCUGACAAAUGAAUUCAAUGCUAGAUCUCAUUGGGGCAAAAGUGGACUGGUUUAUCAUGAUUCGGAGAGUAUUGACCUGAAAUUGGACAAAACUGCUAGGAGAAAUUUCGUGGCCAUCAUGAACAAAUAUGAUCCGAACGAGCUAUUCAUAAACAAUUUCGGUCGUCGUCUGAAACAAACUGGAACGAAAAUCGACAUGGAUCCAUUGACAAAACAUUGUGCCAUAUUGGACAAUUGCAUCUGCUCGGAGAACGACGAUUGUGCAUCCACACAAAUAUGUACAACCCUUCCUGGGUACACUUACAACGUUUGCCAAACCAAAAAUGAAAUCGCCGAAGUCGUGUUCGAUAAAAGUGUAUUGCCACCCCCGCUCGGCAUUGUGAAAUAUCUUGUGUCAGUGGUUCCUACACUAAUUAAGACUGUUAUUUCUGAUUGUACACUGAAAGGUGUAGUUGGAACCGUAGGAUUGUUAAUUAAAGGAGUUACUCAAGUCGACAACGUACUCGAAACCAUAGGUACAUUAGGUAAACAGCUGAGUGAAUUGAAAUCACUAGGGGACGUUGUCGGAGCCGUAGAUGAUCUACUCGUUGGUGUCGUAAGUGGUUAACCGAUUUAUGUAGUGAUGAAUUUUGUCGCAAUGAUAAAUACUUUCGGUAUGCGACCGUGCUUAGGUAAAUAUUUUGUUGAAGAUAAGAAAAAAGUAAAUAAUUUUGAGAUAAAGAAAUUUUGCAAA